GGGUUUGUAGGAGGGGCUUAAACUUAUACAUCUCUUAAAUUGAAAGUUCGAGCCGGUGGCUGGGAUAAUUUGUAUUUUAUCCUGAAACUGAACAGUAGCCGCUGUAACCAUCCACAUCUCGCACCUGGCAACACACCUGCCUGUUGUUACCGUCAACACCCGCACGAGACCUCCGGGCUUCACUAACGCUGUAAGGAUGAAGAUUGAGAACAGCCUGCCCCGCCCCCAGCUCCCCGAGUCUCCGCCCCAGACAGGCCUCCAGUUCACCGUGGCGACGGAGGAGGACUUUGAUGAGAUCAUGGCCAUGAGCCAAGACAUCUACGGAGGGCUGGACUACCUGCCGACCCGCUACACCGCCUGGCUGUCCGAGAGCAACCGCACCGUCAUACUGGCCCGCAAGCAGGGCAAAGUGAUUGCCCUGGAGUCGGUGUGUGUGAUAGAUGACGGUGACACCAUGCUGGUGGAGGGGUUACGUGUGGCCCCCCAGGAGAGGGGGAAGGGCGUGGCAGGGGUGCUGCUGAGGUUCUGCUCUCAGCUGGUCAAGUCCAAGUGGCCUGAGGUGAAGGUGACCAGGCUGACCCGCGACGACCAGCUGGGGCCCAAGGACUUCCAGAAGUACCGCCUCAUCACCAAACAGGGCAUCCUGCUGGUUCGCUUCAAUGCUGAAGAUCUCAAGCUCCGGCUCUCCGAACUGGGGCCGGUUGUGACCCUCCCCACCUACUCCGAGGGUACCCCCCAGGAUUCUGACACCCCUCUGGUUCCCCCGGUCCUUCUGGACCUCAACGAGGCCCACCAGAUGUUCCUCAACGAGGCCCUGAUGUCCAACGUGCUCCCUAACGCUACCAUCGUCCAGGACUGGCAGCCGUUCAAGCCCGUGCCCAGCAACAUGGUCAUUCUUCUCAAGAAGGACAUCGACUGGAUGGUGGACGACCGUUACACCCCUGCCGUGGUCAGCCUGUGCACCCACCCCUUCUGGGUGCCCGGAGGUCCUCGCGGAGUUGGGACGGACACAUACUACCUCAACAUCGACGUGUUUGGCAAGGACAUAGGCCUGGUGCUCCAGCAGUUCCUGAGUCACCUGAGGCGCCACGCCACCACCCUGAAGGGGCACGUCAUGUGCCAGAUGUUCCUGGAUCCUCCCAUGUGGAAACCCAUGGCCGAAUUCUGUUGCCAGACACUGAAUGUGGAGCUGGUGAAGGAAUACACGGAGCAGUGCGUGGUCGAGUCGGAUAUCGUGUAGCCAGAGUAAGAGGAACGAGGAAGAGGAGAGGCAAGAUGGAGGAAGAAACCAGAGACCCAAUGAACGAACGAACCGCAUUCUCUUUAGAAAAUGUAAUGGAAAAGUUCCCCAAGAAACUUCGGAAUGAUUGGCAACAACUUCCCUAAGCAACUAUAGCAAAACACCUCAGAAGCUGCAUCAUAUUUGCAAUAUGUUUGAUUCGAACACUACCGCUAACAAAGAUAUUUUACGAAAAAAAGGCAGUUACAUGAAAUACUUUUGACUAAUUAGUUUGAAUUAGUUUCGCACAGUUUUUUACCAUUCAGUCAUUUACACAAAUCUAACUCUUAACAACAGGAUGCUAAUGUUAUUCCUUUAAAAAAGAAAAAAAGACAAAUGCAAGCUAGCUUGAAGUAUAUCAUGCCUUUCAAUCCUUUUUAUGUAAAUAUAAAGUAUAAAUAUGUACACAUUCUGAAUUGCAAAUUAGUCUGCACAACUCUUGAGGCACUUUAUUAAACCAUAUGGGCAGUUGUGCUAAAGUGCAAGUGAUGACGUGAGGAGGAGAGGAGUCGGUUAACUUUUAGAAAUAACAGAAUAUAAUUGAUUUAGAACGCAUCACUCCCAUGGUAACGGUAGAAAUCCUUAUGGACCUAUUCUAUCUAACACCAAAUCCCAAAAUACUGUCGAACAAACAAUAGCCCUUCAGUGAAUCUUACAGAGCAUUUGCACGCUUAUAAUUCACACAAAAUGGCUGAAACGGAACAGCUAUAAUUACACUUAGCUUAUAACACUAAAACAUGGCCAGUUUGCUUUUAAAACAAUGUCAUUUUUUUAAAACAAUUGCUCAGUUGUUUUUGGUUUUUAUAUUUUUAAGCACUUGAUCAUUAUUGCUAAUUUAUUAUUACUUUUCCUUGUGUACUUGAAUGCAACCGUAGUAUCUAAAGAGGUAAUAUAUUAUCAGUAGAAGCUUUCUGGAGGCUUUCUAAUACUUAAUGUUCAAUCUAAGCUUACUCUAUAGUACAUUGCUAAUAGUGUGAAAAGGGGAGCUGUACUUACGUUACAGUAUACCACAAAGACUAAAACAAUUUAACUAAUAUAGUUAUUAUUGACUUAACAUUAACGACAUUGUUCAGUAGCUAGAGAAAUAUUUCAACGGUAAAUGUCGCCAUCGCAAAUAUUAGCUGACGACCUUUGUAAAGAUUGAAUCCUAGUCCCUCAUCAACAUAGACUCAGUCAUCAGACAUGCUGUGAAACAGCCCUCUGAAACCAUUCUAAGCUUCGUAGCCACUCUAAGAUGCUUCAUAACCCCUCUACAGAGCUCCAUAGCCACCCUAAGAAGCUUCAUAAGCUUUGGCACUUGGUCAGAGCUCAGCUAAACAAAUGGGACACCCUUUGCGCUCGAAGGUUUCAUAACCACUCUACUAAGCUUCGUAGCCUCUCUAAGAAGCUUUAUAAGCUUUUGGCUCUUGAACGUUCCUUUUAAGACAUGAUGCUCUUGACAUGACAUAGCACUGAACAAGCCUACAUUGCAACCCCCAACAUUAGACUAAAACCACUACAGAUCAGUUACUGGCCACUUCAUUGACUCCAACCUGCCCUCGUUGUAAAAGGGACCUUGUUGUAAAGGAUGAAAUGGACGGAGGAAGAGAAUAGCUUUACAUUUUUUUGGUAGACUGAUCCGUGGUCUGUCUGUCUUUCUGUGACUCUAAAGGAUGAACACAAUCACUUAUGAUAAAUUAAGGAUUUAGGACUGGAUCGAUAUCGGACAAUGGACGAGAUGCCUGGAGAAAGUGGAAUGAAGAAUGAAGCAAAUUAUAUACCGGAUUCCAUAUUCGUCAAAACGACAACAAAACAAUAAUUCGUCAAGGCUGACGAUGAUUUCCUCAGUUCUCUUAGAAGCACUUCCUACUUUUUUCACCGAUCGAAGAAGCAAACCUGGACUGACCCCCCUUUUUUGCUGUGGUGGCGAGUCGUGAGGAAGACAAAGAUUAAGAUGAAGAUGUGAGUGACCUGACUCCAGUGGUGAAGAGCAGAAGCAGUACACAAGCAUUCCUACCCCACCCCACCCUUGUCUCUAAAGGCAUUCCCCUACACAACAUACAAAACCCCACAUGAAACCCCCAAUCAAAUCAUUUCUAAGAAAUUCUCCAUAAUAUGGGAAGGUGGAGCUUUUCCUCACAAGCACGUACAACCCCUCUCUCUUUCCCUCCCUCUUCAUGAAUAGAUUAAAGACCAAUUAAAAGCCACUGAGUUUAAAACAACACUAUGUAGGUUAUGUAAAACUCUUGGCUGGUCAAAGCUAAGGAUCCCUGGAUGUACUGUCAUAUCCAUGCCGACCAGCUGGUGUAUGUAAAUGGUCUUGGAGAGCUUGCUGCUUGCUUUCCUGCUGCUGGUGUGUGCCCAGGAGAUCAGAUGAUGGGGUAGUGUUAUAAACUCAUGUUAUAAACUUAACAUGAAGAAUUACUUAACUUAUUGUUCAUAACAUAUACAGAAAACCGCCUAGUUAAAUUUGUCCCUUUUAAUAAAAAAAAAGCUGGUUUGAACAAUUCAGAAGAGAGUAAUCGUUUUGAAUUGACCUUGGUGGUGGUUGGACAUUUAAUGAAUAGAGCUCAGUGUAUUUACAAAAAGGUCACUGAGCUGGGAGAAUAGGAACUAAUUUGGCUCUCUGAUAAGACAGAAUAGUAUAUCCCUGUUUAACAUUUUAAAAUCUCCAGUCCAGUCCACACCCAAUAUAUGUGUCGGAAUGGUCUUUCUGUCUGCACGAUUGGCAAAUGGAAAGCAGUUCUACUGUUCCUCCCUGUUCUCCAUAUCUCGCCAUGGUAAAGAUGGAGCUUUCAGUUGUUAAAAGCAUCUGAGUGCGAGUGAGGAGUGUGGUCUUAUAAUUCCGCAGUGUCACGGUGGUGGUGGUGGUAGUGGUGGACUUUGCAUGGUCACAGACAGUGUUGUAUUGUAUGACUGCCAAUAUACCCUGCAGAGUCCACAGACCGACUGAUCCAAUGGCUUUACAAGACCAUAUGGCUAGAAUGGAUACCAGUAGACUGCAGCACGUCCAGGGAUACGACAGGUUGGAGGGUGUUUGGUUGGAGGGUGAACACUCCAGGUAAACAUACAAUCUCUGAUAUGAUGCACACAGACAUGCAUCAAAUCCACACAAAAGGAAAUUCCACCUUCCCAAAGAUUACUCCCACAGCCUCACCACGCCCUUGGAAUCUAUUGCCCAAAUGCCCACUAUUUGCCCACUCAACAACAUGUUCUAAUCAAUGUUGUAUCCACUACUACGAUAGGGACAAGGUUGUUGUCGUACAAACUGCCUCAGUCCGCAACAUACCCAUCCAGUAAAGACUAUAUAUCCCCGCUAUUCUCCAUCUUCAUACGGACUAUACAUUAUGGUUUUAUCUUAAUGGUUGUCUGGUGAAUUGGUGGUUUGUCACUGUCACCUGGUAUAUUUCUAUACUGUAUAUGUAUAUAUUUGACAUACAGAUAUAUGCACAGUAUUUCAGGGGGAUGUGAAUGUUGAAAUAAGAUGCAGUAGGUGUGUUUUUGUCUUGGUACUUCUUUGAUGGUUCCUAAGGGUAUGUUUUAUUGUGUGUUUGAGGGAAAACUCAAAGGAGAAUGUUUGGUAGAGAUCCAAAGAGAUUUGAUUGGUUAUAGAGUGCUCCAAAUCUGAUAAUUCCAGACUCAUUCCAGAAUUAAAAUAAUUCCGGGCACUCUUAAAAGAUUAUGUAGCAGUACAAGUCAUCCACUGUUCUAAAAUAUAAACUCUCCUUCCUCCUUUGUCCCCAAGCCCACACAAACACAGCCGAGAGAAUGAAUGGUGUCAAACCAACAGCCUUGGGAAUAGAUAUGAUGGACAUGGUCUAUCUUUAAUGGUUUCCUAAAGCACUGUUUAUUAGUAUGUGACAUGCACUUUGUAAGCUACUGUAUGACUAUGUGGUAAACCAGGAGGAGGAUUCUUAAUACUAUAGCUCUCCCUUGAUUAGGGGUUCUUAACACAAUGUGGUUACUGUUACUGUACUGUGCUACCAUUGAGUCGGAUCUCGGUCUGAGGACGGUAAAGUAAGUGCUUCGUUCAGCCGAUUCAUUGGCUCUCUGCUGCUGUGAUAAUGGCGGGGAGGGCAGCCAGUGAAACCGAAAGGAUGUAACAUCCGUCGUUCAUAGUUCAACUGAACGACUGAUGUGUUCUGUCGCGCUGUCAUCGUCAAUGUUAAUCAGCCACCGUUAAUCAGACACCGUUAUGGUUGCCACGGUUACGUGACUAAAAGCAAAGAUUAGAUCGCCGCUAUUAGUUAAUAAUUUAUCGUUAUGAAUCUGUUUGCAUGCUUAAUUCUAUAUUGGCUGAUUAAACAUAAAAAUGCUAUUUUCCCCCAAAAAAUUAUGUUUUAUUAAUUAAGACGUUAUCGAUCAAGUUUGAUGUACAAACCGUACUUCAUUUGAUGGCUGGUUAACAUCUAGCUGUGACUGUGUGUUCUCUAAUUGUACAAAUGUAUGCGGGGGGUGGUUUUCCUUUUUUUUAUACUAAUUAUUUCCUCUUAUAUACCUUGUAUUUUUCCACCCAUCCCAUUUUUUCAUUUAAAUUCCUCACCGCUUUUCACCUUGUUCUUAAAACCGUCUCAACAUUUAAUCUCUUUAAAUCUAUAUUUGGUCAUUUUGAAUGCGGACACACUGACAGGAUUAUAAAAAGCCUGAGCUGAGAUGAAGUAGAUGAAUCAGAGAGUUGUUACAGUUGUUAGCAUUUUGUCUGGCAGGAAACAUGACAGGUGCCAUGGUGACAUGGUUGAAACAGAGGGGAGGAUGUUCAGAGAAGAGCUUGUAUUGAUAACAUAGCCUGAUCCCAGAUCUGUUUCAUUUUGUCUGACAGGAAGCAUGACAGGUGCCAUGGUGAUGUGGUUGAAACAGAUGGGAGGAUGUUCAGAGUAGAGCUUGUAUUGAUAACAUAGCCGGAUCCCAGAUCUGUUUGUGUUUUAGCCAACUCCUCUUUCUAUGAUAGUCAGAGAAAGUUGGCUUAAGCACAUACUGAUCUCAGGACCAUUAUAGUGGCUAAUCCUAGUGGUAGCUAUGGCUAUGCUUGGUGGUGGAGAAGGAGAGAUUAAACGGAAACCCUCAUCCCUCAGUUACGAAAUGGCUUUUCACUUUAUUUUCGUGGCCUGGUCGCGAAGACAGACGGGGGACAGGAGGGAGCUGGAGGUCAUAAAGAAGAGGGGGAUGGGGGAAGGA